AUGUCAGAAACAGAAGCCAGCUCAUCGCGGAAGCGACCGAGGUCUGACGCUGCUACCUCCACCGGCCGUCCAGCAUAUCCGCGAAAACGCGCAGCCCAAGCAUGCGGGACUUGCCGCAAGCGACGCGUAAAGUGCGACAAUGAGCGGCCAUACUGCUCCGAGUGUGUCAAACUCGGGGUCCAUUGCACGUAUCAAGAGGGCGACAAGUCAAGCUUCGAUGCUGCGAGUCUUGCCAUCCUAGAGCGUCUUAUUCAUCUGGAAGGCCUCUUCCGGGCUGCCCAUCCCGACACGCAUGACCCUGAAGAGCAGCCAACGCCAGCUAUCUCAUCCCCUAGCCUCGAGAAUGGCCCGCUCGACUUCUUUCGCAUCAACGUCGAAGCAGUCCUCGAAUGGCCUAUCUUGCAACCUGUCACCCAAGACCAGCCGCUCAGUCUAACCAACAUCUUCCAAGCAGCCCGAACAGCCUCAGAUUCGUCAGCGCCUCGCCUAUUAGCCACGUCAGACCUCGACCCAGGGUCAACGGGUCCUCUGCUACAAUGCUUCAUGGAUAACUUCCACAUAUACAACCCUGUCUUGGAAAUAGCCCGCAUUCAGCAAGAUAUCAAGACCACACUCUUCAACGGUCUAGGCUGGGACGCGGCGUCUUGCAUCUUGCUUCUAGUGUUUGCUCUCGGAACCAUCACAGACCAUGUAGCCUACCCAUUAUCGACGACGACCUCGACGACGACAUCGAUGGCCUUCCGCAACUCGAGACGGUUCCAGGAUGCCGAAUCAUUCUUCCUUGCUGCCCAGAGACGAAUGGGCCAGCUUCUUUUCGACAGUAACCUCGCCCAAGCCCAGGCCUUCUUCCUCGCCGGCGUGUACCUCAUGUCCACUAUGAGGCCGUUUGAGGCUUGGAGAAUGUUCGUCCAGGCACUGGCAUGUUGCCAAAUAUUUGUCGCCGCAUCCUCCGACGACCCGGAUAAUAAAGAGUCACAGCUACACAAGAUCAUUUAUUGGGCUUCAUUCAAAUCCGAACUAGAGCUACGCCUAGAGCUUAGCAUAACGGAGCACAGCGCAUGGAGUCUACAUUAUCCUCAGUUUUUCCCAGCACCUCCAACCGGACUCGGGUCUGAGGGCGAGGCAGGCUGGUAUUUCUACCUGGCAGAGGUCGCGCUGCGACGUCUGGGCAAUCGCAUCUUGACACACACUUCCCACUUCAAGUCGGCCGGAACAACGAUUGCCGAAAAGGUCUCGAGGAUUAUGGAAUUUGAGCAACAGGCGCAGAGCUGGGUCGGAUCCCUCCCGCACAACUUGAGACUGGACCACCCUCUCGGCCACGAUGAAGACGUCCAGGGUGAGCGUCUACGAUUUAUCCUCAACGGUCAUCUGCUCGACUGUUACGAGAUGAUGUACUGGUCAUUCAUUGUGGACGCUGUCCGAGGGACCCUACCGGAAGACGCCGUCUCUGUCAGUUUUGCACGAAAAGGUUUCCAGCCACCCUUCUGUCCCUACGCCAUGACUACUGCCUCACUUCUUGACACAUCGUGGAUCUGGCACCCAUGCUGGGUUGACAGAUCCGACGAUUCUGCAGGCGCAUUUGUCCAUUUUCGCAAAGCUGUCUCCCUACAACAAAUUCCCUCGGAGCCCGUACGUCUCCAGAUUACAGCAGAUACCAAGUACCGGCUCUAUAUCAACGGACGUUUCGUCCAUAUUGGCCCUGUCAAGGGAGACGAACAUAUCUGGUUCUACGACGAGAUUGAUGUCCAACCUUUCCUGAAGCUUGGCGUAAACAAUAUUGGCAUCCAUGUUCUGCGGCUGUACCACGGAACACCGUAUGGCACAAGUUUCCCCAGAAUGGCAUUCCCGGGGUUGUUUGUACGCAUGGCUGAUGGAACCGCCACUGGAGGGAUUGAUCUCGAGAGCAAUGGCACUUGGCUUUGCUCCCUCGAUCAGUCGCGUAAGCUUCGCAUUGAUCAGAAGGAGGAUGACUUUCUUCAUAUUUAUGAAGACGUGUUCAACAACCCCAAUCAUCAUCUUGAGUGGGUUGCUGCUCAAUGCUUAAACCUCCCCAAAACCCAUGGUCUCGGCCCGCCGUGGAAGCUCUCACCUCGGAUGAUACCCUUUCCCAAGGUCGCGAAAGCGACCAUCAAGGAUAUACACAACGUAAGGAGCACCCUGGGCCCCGAAGUAUGGAAGAAGCUUCUCGUUGGCUCGAGCAGCAGCCAAGAUGGCACCACUGGCCUUGUCCUACCCGCCGGAACCUCACACCAUGUCGAGCUUGAGGCUGAUCAUCACAUGACGGCCCACCUCAAAUUCCGCUUCCGUCGCCCACAGGCUGCAGGUGCAAGACUGUCCGUCACAUACGCCGAGUGCUACGAGGAUACGCCGAAGAUGGUGCCUUACCUGCGCUGCAAAGGAGAUCGAUGCGACACAACCAAACAGCUUCUGGGGCCAGAGGAUAGAUAUGUGUUUGCGGGUGAAGCUGACGCCGAGUCUGCAGAGACACUCCAAUAUACCGAAACACCUGGAUCUGAGGAGAUGUUCUCACCGUUCCACUUCCGCACAUUCCGUUUCUUAGCGCUAGACAUUCACGUCGGUCAUGAUAGCGACCUUGUAAUGACGGGGCUCGACGUGGAAACAACUCACUACCCCCUGGAAGUUGUUGCAGAGAUCGACACACCGGAUCCAUUCUACGCCAAGUUGUGGUCUACUAGCAUCCGCACUUUGACUAAUUGCAUGCAUGACUGCUACGAAGACUGUCCUUUUUACGAACAGCUUCAGUACGCCAUGGACGUGAGGAGCUCAUGUCUCUUUACCUACUCGGUGUCUGGAGACGAUCGCAUGGCACGCCAGGCCAUAGUCCAGCUCCACAGUUCAUACCGAGCUGACUUGGGACUGAUAGCGAGCCGAAGCCCCGCGUCCCAGUUGCAGAUCAUCCCUCACUUUUCUCUCUUCUGGAUCUUGACAGUCGUGGAUCACUUUGAGUACUUUGGCGAUGCUUCUUUCACGCGGCGGUUUGUACCUGUAGCAGACGGUAUCCUGGAGGCGUUUGCCAGAAGAAUCGACCCAGAACUGGGUCUCAUUUCGGCCGAAACGCCGUUCUGGGACUUUGUAGACUGGACCGACGAGUGGCGACCGAUGGGAAUCCCGCCUGCUGCCGAAGCAUCGGGGUACCAGACCUUUACCAAUAUGCUGUAUGCCCACGCCAUGCAGAGACUGGUGUCGGUGCUAGUCAGCAUCGGAAGAACCAGUCUGGCUGAUGAGUUCAGAUCUAGAGCAAGCGCCAUCGUGACCAGCAUCCGGCAGCAUUGCCGAUUGGGCGACGUCUUCACCGACGGGCUGGCGUCUGCUGCCGAUGGCAGUCGAGACCUAAGCCAACACAAUCAAGUGUGGGCAGUCUUGUGCGGUGCCGUGUCGGGAGACAAAGCGCGUCACUUGCUGUCGUCGUGUCUUCCCAUGCUCAAUCGCCACGAUACUGAACCAGACUCAGUGGCCAAAUCAGAUGGCUUCACCAAGCCCUCACAGGCCAUGUCGUUCUAUCUUUUCCGAGCGCUCUCCGAAGCUGGUGGCUCCUUGUACGACAACGCCUUUGAGUCCAUGUGGCAGCCGUGGAGAGACCAGCUGUCGCAAAACCUGACCACGUGGUGCGAAGACGACGUGACUCGACGAUCUGACUGUCACGCAUGGAGCUGUGCUCCGUUGUACGAGAUGAUGGCUGAAGUGGCCGGCGUCGGGCCAGCCGAACCAGGCUAUCGGUCGAUCGCGUUCAAACCAAGGACGAGGCUCUUCCCGCACUUUGAUGGCAGAGUUCCCUUGUCUGGUAAGCUAGCCUCAGUUACGGCACAUGUUCGUUGGAGGAGAUUGGAUGGUGACUCGGCUGUUGUUGUAUCAUUGACCCUCGAGACAGCAUUGGUUACCGAAGGUGUGGACAUCCAUGUCACGUACCCAGAUGGUCAUACAGAGGUGCAUUUUGGCCUUGAUCUUGAAUGUAGAUUUUAG